AUGGUCAUUGCGGACCAUAAGUUUUUAGUCACUCCUUUACUAUUUCGCAACAAAACUAAAGCCACUAAAGAGUACGCAAAGUCUGUACACAGCGGUCCGAAGCCCUCCUAUACGGCACACAAUUUCAGUGCAAUCGAAACGUUUCUCGGCUUAAAGAAUGAUUUGGACAUUACUUCUGGGCUUAAGAAUUCUCGCAAAUCCGGCGACCAAUUGCUUAAUUGGAUAAACGAUUUGUAUUCGCAUUUCUGGUCCUCUCAACACACGUGCUAUAUAUCGGAGACCACUAGUCGUGGAGUUGGCAUCGAUUGCGGACCGCAUUUACUCGCCUGCCGUACGACGGACUGGAGUUCACGCAUUCCGGACCCGAAGUCAGACAUUUCCGCGUUAUUAUAA